AUGUCUACAUCGACAAUCAGCCCGGAACGGGCGCCUGAACUCGACCUCCCCGUGUCGAGCAACACAGUCCGUGUGCGAGCUAUCGAUACGACGACACGCAUGGUCUGCUCCUCUGCCGCCUUUGUCCAGCCAGUCUUGAAAGGCCAUGAGACGCUCAACUUCAGGACAUUAGCCUUCUUGGUUGAGCACGAGGGUCCCUCAGGCACGCAACGUGUGCUCUUCGACGCCGGCUCCCGCAAAGACUUCUGGAAUGGUUCGCCCAAAACCCAAGAGAUGAUCAAGGCUUGUGCACCUGGCAUGGAGGUCGAGUAUAAUGUUGAAGAGAUUCUCGUGGCUUCUGGCCUUGAGUUGACCAAGCUUAAGGCCGUCAUCUGGAGCCAUUGGCACUGGGACCACAUCGGUGAUGGCUCAAAGUUCCCUGGCUCGACUGAUAUCGUCGUGGGACCCGGGUUUGUUGAGAAUUUCGCUCCGGGUUGGCCUACCAGACCUGAGAGCUGUGUCCUCGCCAGUGACCUCGAAGGACACAGAAUCCAUGAGCCGGAAUUUCCGCUGAACAUUGGUGGAUUCCGAGGUCACGACUAUUUUGCCGACGGCUCAUUCUACCUUCUGGAUGUACCUGGGCACGCCGUAGGGCACAUCUGUGGCUUUGCCCGCACGACUCCAGACACUUUCAUUUUCAUGGGCGCAGACUGCUGUCACUUCGCAGGCAUGAUCCGUCCUUCUCUUUAUAACCCGCUACCAUCAAUCAUCCCACCCGAGCAGGUGGACGCCCUUCGCCCCAAACCGUGCCCCUGUUCAGUCUUCACGGCGCACCACCCGGCUGCCAGCCAAGGGGAUGUCAAGACUCGGACGCAACCCUUCUACAAUAUCUCGACUGCUCCUGGUAGCGCUUACUCUUUUGCCGCCGCUGCUCAGAAGACAGCAGAGCUGGUGCUAUUGUUUGACGCGAAUCCUCAUGUCUUCGUAUGCCUGGCCCAUGACGGGGCUCUUUUUGAUGUGCUACCAUUGUAUAACUCUGAUCCUACCAGCGACAUAAAUGAUUGGAAGGAUAAAGAUUACGACGAAAGGGCGAAGUGGGGAUUUCUCAACGAGCUUCCUUACACCGAUUACAGUCCCGGGCGUGGGCAUCUUGUGCCCCUGCGUGAGGAUACCUAG